CAUGGGCGAACAAGUGCAGGUGGCCCCUCUCCGUUCUUUGGGAGAUUUUAUCUUGGAAUCGGCACGAUUCCAGAUCCCGAAUAUAAAAGAUGCCGAUAAGUGGGCAAACAGGGUCUUGAACAAUCUGCUCUAUUAUCAGACAAACUACUUCCUAACGGCGCUAAUAGUUUUUCUACUCAUUGGAAUCAUCCAUCCUGUGAAGAUGGUGUUUGGUUUUGUGGCUAUAGCUGUUGCGUUUGGAGGGUUUGUGUACUGCACCAACAACCAGUGGAGAACCAAGAGGUUCAAGCGCGACCAUCCCCUGCUGAGCGUUCUCAUCAUCCUGUCUGCAGGCUACCUCGUCGUCUACAUGCUCGGCGCUGUCAUCGUCUUCAUGUUCGGAAUAGCUUUCCCUUUGCUAUUGAUAAUCCUUCAUGCAUCUUUAAGAAUGAGGAGCUUUAAAAACAAAAUCACCAACAAGAUGGAGUUUGUUGGCUUGAAGCGCACGCCGAUGGGCAUAAUCUUGGAAGGGCUCGGACAGGAACAGGAAGCAGGCUCCUAGACCGUCAGCAUCCAUGGAUACAUUGUCGCUGGCAUUGGAACAAGUUGUCAAAAAAUAUUUUGUACAUCAAAUAUUUAUGGUCAUACUUCUUAAGCUUUUGAAGUCUACUAUUUGCAAGAAAGCUUACAAAUAUAAGCUUGCGAUAUGAAUGAAUGGUUCAAUUUUGAAUCUGUUUCUAAAGUUAUUAUCAUGUUAUUUUGAGUGACAGGUUUGUUAUGCUGGACUUAUGUGUAUGGUUGACACAUAUUUCAUUAGGUCUACAUAAUUUAAGAAAGUAAUAAACAUAUUUUUGUAUGUAAAACUGUUAGAUUUAUUAACCUUUUCUCUGUGAUGUAACUGAUACUUUGGCUGAAAUCAACUGUCAUGGUUUUCCUUAAGUCUAAGGGCUCUCUCGAUCAGUUACAAUGUUGUAUUAUAACUAUAAUCUAAUAAUGGUGCUCUAUUUCUUGUUACAAAGGCUGGGCCUACUAAUUACUACCUUCCAUGCUUUGUUUUAAUUGGUUUAGCUAUAUGUGUUUACACAUAAAUCAAUCAGUUGUAUUUUGUUCAAGUACUUAGUUUUCAUUUCAGGUUCCCCAAAAUUGCAAUAAUGGAAUAGAGGGGAUAACUUAAUCAUAAGUUCCAAUUUUGGUUUUAUUGAAAAGUUGUUAAUAUGGAAGGGAUUUAAACCUUUCAGUUGUCAUUAGAAAAGUCUGUUUACUUUUUUCUUCUUCUUUUUUUUUAUAUUAUUUUGGGAUGUUGUAAAAAUGUUCUACUGGCCAAGUUAUUAUGAAAGAGGCUUAGCAUAUUGUACCGUGACCAUAUUUUAUCGCUACUGUUCGUGAUGGAAAGGUCCUUCUGGAUCUAAGUUGUACAUAUCUACAUUCUCACAAAAUACACAGCUAGUAUUACACAUGCCUAACAGUUUAGAUUGAUUGUACUAAACAAUCAAUCAUAAUAAUAACAGGCUCUUAUUUUGGAAUUAAUACUAGUAUUGUCAGCCUUAUCAAUAAGACCUGAACAUUGAUGUGUCAUUGAUUAUCUCCCUUCUGUAUCUAUGGCAGUAUGUGUGAUAAUGCAGGAGUUAUCAUUGAUUUUACAGUAUUCUUAUGACAUG